GCAGCAUAAUUGGGAUGAAAAAGAAAUUGAAUUUGCAGAACUAUUUCUCGAUUUACCAGGACCGUACGGUCUUCACCGGGCUAUGUUCAUUCCGACAAUCUCGAGUCAGGGAACGGAAGAGCAAAGAGAAAAAGUUCUUGUACCAGCACUAAAACACCAAAUAAUUGGGUGUUAUGCCCAACCCGAAUUAGGGCAUGGGUCCAAUGUGCAAGGAUUAGAAACAGUUGCAAAAUACAUUCCUGAAACAGAUGAAUUCGAUAUUCAUUCACCCUAUCUGACAGCUUCUAAAUGGUGGAUCGGUGGGUUAGGAAGAACUGCUAAUCAUGCAGUUGUGAUGGCGAGACUGAUCACAAAUAACAAAGAUUAUGGUACUCAUCCUUUCAUGGUACAGAUUAGAGAUUUAAAAACACAUGAACCAUUACCGGGUAUCACUAUUGGUGAUAUCGGACCGAAAUUCGGUUAUAAUGCCACCGACAACGGGUUCAUAUUAUUUGAUCACGUGAGGGUUCCACGAUUAAACAUGCUUUCGAAAUAUUCGCAAGUAGUCAAAGGUACCGGCGAGUACAUAAAGCCACCAAAUGAUAAACUGCUAUAUGGCACCAUGGUUUUGAUUCGCGCGGCUAUCAUUUUAAAUGUGAGACUAGUGCUAGCCCGUGCAGCCACUAUUGCCGUUCGAUAUUCUGCCGUGAGAAGGCAAUUUGUAGACAAAGAUGAACCAAAGAGAUUAAAUAAUGGUACGAUUAUUGAAACGCCAGUUUUAGAUUAUAAGAUGCAACA